GAAGGAAAGGGAAGGGUAUUUGCAAUUGCAUUGCACCUAAAGGGAAACCUCCGCUCCACGUUCCCUUUCAGUUUACUCUCCUGUUGUUUGUUUUGGUUUGUUCAUUCGUUCGUUUUCUUCUUCUUCUUCUUCUUCUUCAAUACAAGAUUUUGAUUGGUUCAACUUCAACAACGGAUCAACAUCUUCUUCACCUUCGCAGCAUUCCAUUCAUCAUUUUAUGCUCAUUUAGUUUUUUUUUUAGGGUUUCGCUUCUUAAUUACUUCCUUUGUAAUUUCUUCUUUUUAUUUUCCUUCAUAGUCAAUUUCUUUGUAAUUAUUCUCCAUACUUUAUACUCAACGUUUAUACUUUUGGAUUCUUCUUUUUCCCAUUAUUACUGCACAAUCAUCUCUCAUCACUUUCUUAUCACUAUUACUAACCUUUUUGCUAUUACUAUUGUUUUGUACGUUUCUAUUGGAAAACAAAGUAAUAAUAACAAAGCGUUAUACCAUUCUUAGAAUAUAUAUUUACUUAUUGCAAUAAUAAUAUAUCAAAAAAAAAAAAGUGUAGUAAUUUGUUGUUGAUGGGGAGCACUGGGUUAAGCAACUGCGAUAUCGGGCAGCGGCAAAGGUUAGGGAUAACCGAGCCAAUCUCAUUGAGCGGACCGACUGAAUAUGAUGUCGCCAAGACGCGUGAGCUCGAGAAGUACUUGCAAGACGCCGGCUUGUAUGAGAAUCAAGACGAAGCGAUUUGUAGGGAGGAAGUGCUUGGCAGGCUAGACCAGAUUGUGAAGAUUUGGGUCAAAACCAUUUGCCGUGCAAAGGGAUUUAAUGAACAACUGGUCAAAGAAGCAAAUGCCAUGAUUUUUACUUUUGGAUCCUAUCGCCUAGGGGUGCAUGGCCCCGGAGCAGAUAUUGACGUUCUUUGUGUGGGACCUAGACAUGCAACCAGAAAGGAAGAUUUCUUUGGUGAGCUGCAUAAAAUGCUAUCUGAAAUGCCAGAAGUGACAGAGUUACACCCAGUGCCUGAUGCUCAUGUUCCAGUGAUGGGUUUCAAGUUCAACGGCGUCUCUCUGGAUCUCCUUUAUGCACAAUUAUCUUUGUGGGUUAUUCCUGAAGACUUGGAUUUAUCACAGGAAGCAAUAUUACAAUAUACAGACGAACAAACUGUUCGCAGUCUUAAUGGUUGUAGAGUGACUGAUCAAAUCUUGCAUUUGGUUCCAAAUAUUCAGAAUUUUCGUACGACAUUGAGAUGCGUGAAGUUAUGGGCUAAGUGUCGUGGUGUUUAUUCAAAUGUUGCAGGUUUUCUUGGUGGUAUAAACUGGGCAUUGCUUGUUGGUCGAAUAUGCCAGCUAUAUCCAAAUGCACUGCCUAAUAUGUUGGUGUCUCGAUUCUUUAGGGUAUACACUCAGUGGCGUUGGCCAAACCCAGUAAUGCUUUGUACUAUUAAGGAAGGAUCUCUUGGACUUCAAGUUUGGGAUCCUAGAAGAAAUCCCAAGGAUAAAUACCAUCUAAUGCCAAUAAUUACUCCUGCUUAUCCGUGCAUGAAUUCUAGCUACAAUGUGUCAUUAAGUACAUUGCGUGUUAUGACAGAGGAAUUUCAGAGGGGAGAUGAAAUAUGUGAGGCUAUGGAGGCUAACAAGGCUGAUUGGGAUACCCUUUUUGAGCCCUAUCCAUUUUUUGAAUCGUAUAAGAAUUAUUUGCGGAUAGACAUUUCAGCAGAGAAUGUUGAUGAUCUUAGAAACUGGAAAGGCUGGGUUAAGUCUCGCUUGCGCCAGUUGACAUUGAAGAUUGAGAGGAACACUUAUGGCAUGCUUCAGUGUCAUCCACAUCCUGGUGAUUUUUCAGACAAAUCUAGACCUUUACACUGUUCUUACUUCAUGGGUCUGCAACGUAAGCAAGGAGUUCCUGCCAAUGAAGGCGGACAAUUUGAUAUGAGAUUAACUGUUGAAGAAUUUAAGCAUUCUGUCAAUGCGUACACGCAAUGGAAACCUGGAAUGAAUAUAUCCAUCUCCCAUGUGAAACGCCGCAAUAUACCCGCCUUUGUAUUUCCUGGUGGUGUUCGGCCUAAAUGCCCAUCCAAAGUAACCUGGGUGAGUAAGCGACGUUCAGAGCUUAGGGUUUCCGGCCAUGGUCAAGCAGAAAAGUCUCAAGUGGGUAAAGAGUUAGGAGCAAACAAUGAUAGGAAGAGAAAGCAAGCAGAAGAUAGUGGGGAUGACUUGAGAAACUCCCGGUCCUUUUCCUCUCUGCCUCCCUCUAGCAGGGAUGUUCAUGAAGAUGGAAAUCCUGUCAGCAUUGCUAAUUCUUGUUCUGUGAAAUGUGAUGACACAGAACUCAACUGUAUGAGUGAACAAAAGAGCGAGAAACCUGAUUUGAAUUUUUCAGGGGAGUGUCCUGGGGAUAGAGAGACCGAUGGAUCAGUGAAAAGCAACUCACAAAUUAUCCCUCUACUUGCUGCUACUGAUAGAUCUAAUUUUGAAGAAGCUGAAAAGGUUGUCAUCCAGAAGAUUGUGUGUGGUCCAUGUGAGGUACAUCAAGCCUUUCCUGAAGAACCUGAUGAACUUGAAGAUGAUCUUGAGUAUAGAAAUAAAGUCAAAGAUUUUGGUGGGAACUUGGCAAACAUCAAUUUCGACUCUACAAAGUCUGUAGUGGCAGCAGAACCUGUUUUUUCUCAAAAGGAAAAUAGUAGUUCAACUCAUAUAUACUCUAAUGGGGGCUUGGAGGAGCUUGAGCCUGCUGAGCUUACAGCUCCAUUGUUCUGUGGAAAUCCAGCACCAGUGCCACAGCGGAAGCCUCUUAUUAGGUUGAAUUUCACCUCCCUGGGGAAAACUGCUGACAAAAGUUCUUAGAUACUUGAAAGCUUUAUCUGCUGAAGCUGGGGGGAUGUAAAUGCUCUUUUUCUGGUUUUUUCUUUUUCUGUCUUUCCGAUUUGCAAGAAUGUUGAUACUGCAGAUAAUAAGCGAGGUAGAAGAACAUGUAGCCAUCAGUUUCACUUAUUUGUAGCAUGAGAACUGUUGAACAUUAAGAUUCUGAUAACUUAAAAAAGUGUAACUUUCCAUUGCCUAACAUGUCUGCCAUCUUUUUCAAUUUCAAGUUUAAGCUUUUUGUGUA